ACUCCCAGUCCACUACUCCCUCUCGCCCCCCACCUCGCCGGCGAUCGCGAUGGCGGCGACCGCUCCCCCGCCCGCGGCGGCGCUGGAGCAGCUGAGCAAGACCAAGAUGUUCGGCGGCCACAACCUCCGCUUCCGCCACCACAGCGCCACGCUCGGCUGCCCCAUGACCUUCUCCCUCUUCCUCCCCGCCGCCCCGCCGUCCAAGCUCCCAGUGCUGUACUGGCUCUCGGGUCUCACCUGCACCGACGAGAACUUCAUCAUCAAGUCCGGCGCCCAGCGCGCCGCCGCGGCCCACGGCGUCGCCCUCGUCGCCCCUGACACGUCCCCGCGUGGACUAAAUGUAGAAGGAGAGGCAGAUAGUUGGGAUUUUGGUGUUGGUGCUGGAUUUUAUUUGAAUGCCACAAAUGAUAAGUGGAAAAAUUGGCGCAUGUAUGACUAUGUUGUUAAGGAGCUGCCAGAAGUUUUAAGUGGCAACUUUGAACAGCUUAACAUGUCAUGUGCAUCAAUUUUUGGUCACUCUAUGGGAGGUCAUGGUGCACUGACUAUCUACUUGAAGAACACUGACAAAUACAAGUCAGUGUCUGCAUUUGCUCCAAUUGCUAACCCAAUAAACUGCCCUUGGGGUCAGAAAGCAUUCUCAAACUAUUUGGGUUCAGCUAAAUCUGAAUGGGAGGAAUACGAUGCAACCUGCUUAAUUAAAAAGUCCAAUGGAGUUUCAACUUCUAUCCUGAUUGACCAGGGAGAGGAUGACAAGUUCCUGGCUGAGCAGCUGCUGGCUGGCAACUUCGAGGAGGCGUGUAAGGCCGCGGGAGUUCCCCUGAAUCUGCGCAUGCAGCCGGGAUACGACCAUUCCUUCUUCUUCAUCGCCACGUUCAUCGAUGAUCACAUCGCCCACCACGCUCAGUUUCUCAAGAGGGCUUGACUGUCCAGUCACCUGUAGUGAUGCAGUAAAGAGAGUUGCUGAGUCAUGGUGUCGCUCCGACCUGUCAGCAUACCAUCUGUACCGUCGUGUGUCUAUGUAAACGUGCUCUUUGCUCGCUUUGUGGUGAACCUUGUGUCCAGCUGCGAAUAAUAUGGAGGACAUGGUAUC